CCUGAUUGACCACAGGUAAAAUUGCCAGUUUUUGGACAGAGUUGGGACGAGCUCUUGAUGUUCAGCAGAUGCCGAAGAGAAACCCUCAGGUGCUGCUGGUGGAUGGCCGACACAUGGCUCUUUGCUGAGGAAAUUGAUUCAUGGUAUGGCCAUUCCUGCGGUAGAUGAGCGACCACCGCACGUAACACAGGAAGGCAGUCAAUUCACACCACGUACUGAGGGAACACUCUCAUGCAGUCAAGAUGGCAGGAAAGCGAGGUCGCCCACCAAGCUCAGAGAAGGCUUCAGACACAAGAAAAGCACGGAGGAUUACUUGCGGGGUGUGUUGGGCUACUCUCAGCAAAACCACGUAUUACCGAUACUGUGGAAGUGGAAUUCACCCGAGUCAGAUCCUGCUUGAGAAGUUGGCCGUCAAACGCUGGAAUGGGGUUGCGGAUGAUGCCACGCAGCGAGUAGCUCCUUCCGAUGCGGCAGAGGAGGGGAACGAACCUGCUGCUACGACGAAGAAGGACGGUGGACCAGGAAACGAGUUGGUAGUUUUUGGGUUAGAGUCGGAGAACAAAAUGGAGGGAAACGUUGUUGUUAAUAAUAGUAGCGGGCCAGGGAAGAAUGGGGACGGGGCAUGUCUAGAAGGGGGUGGGCCAGGCAAAUCCCAGCCGAAGAGUGAUGCACGAAAAGCGAGACGCAAAACUUGCCUGGAGUGUGGCGCGACAAUGAGCAAGACCUCAUACUAUCGUCACUGUGGAAGAGGGGCACACCUUAAUCGCAUCAUAUCGGAUCCAAAGAACGUAAGCGAAAGCUUGCCGCAAGGUGCUCGCGAAUUGCUUGCCCCGACAAUGGCAGGGAGGGAAGGCGGAACAGAAGACCUCAGUGUGAAUGUGAAUAAAGAAAAGUCUUUCUGCACAGACGAGUGGGGAAAACCGGCGGUUAAGAUAGAAACACACGGACCCCCAGCGAACACAGAUGCUGUAGGGGCAGCAGCCGACAGUGCUGUCACUCCUAUUCUGGACACAGAGGCACGAGUCCUUGGGAACGUUCCUGGCCCCCAGGUUCUUGGUCCGGACAUGUGCUUCACUGAAGCAAGUGUCCAGAUAGAGGGGGCCGGCGCAGCCAGAGAAGCAGGAAAUGCGUGCAGAGGCAGGGAUGGAGAAGGGGGGGAAUGUGGGAAUGGGGAUUCCGCAGCAGAUGCGAAUCUGUUUUUGUCAAUGGGAGGCUCCGCUGUAGCAGCAAGCGAUUUGUCCAUGGGAGCAGCUGUCGCAGCACCAACUGAGACAACAGCCAUGCAGUACGAAGGAAGGCAGACAGAGGCUGACGGUGUGAUGUACAUGCAGGUCCAAACUGAGUGGGAUGGUAGGGGGGAAGCAAAGAGGGAGUUCCCACUACUCUACGGGGGUUGUGAUGGUGGAGAGAUUGGCGCAUCUCACGGAGAACAAGAGAUGAACAAGGGGUGCUGGGAAGCAGCCCGAGGUGCAGAGAGGCACAUGAGCGAAUCGAACAUGGCAGUUCAUCACCAAAUGCGGUCCGAGAUAGGAGCCGGUCCCAAUCUUGGAGCCAUGGAGAACGGAUCACUUCACUUCAAUCAGAAUGAAAGGGGAUUGGCAUUACCGGAUAUGGCCAUCCCCUUUGAUCAGGGGCAUGGUCAAGAGGGGAUGAUGCAUUGCACUUCACGGCUCCAUCAGGGACGACUGGACACUGAAGCUCAUGCCACAAAGGAAUGCGAAGAAGAGAGGACACUGGCUCCUGCCAGCGAAUCACAGGGAGCGUGCAUGAACAACAUGAUGCUGGUGCCGUACGAAGGGGCCACGGGAGAAGAUAAAGGGGGUGGUGUUUCCAACGGAAUGGAGUCAAAUGGCCAGCCGAGGAACACGGAAGGCAAUGCGAUGGCUUCGGAGGAAGGCGGCCAAGGGGUGCCGCCUCAGAGUAACAAGAAGGCACGCAGGAUCACGUGCAAAGAGUGUGGAGCCAUCUUCAGCAAGACUACAUAUUACAGGUACUGUGGGAAGGGUAUACAUCAGAAGGACCUCUUGUUGGGGGCUAGCAAACCUGCGUCUGAGCAGCAGAAGCUCAGCACGCCAGGCCGAGAGAUAGAUUGUACAGCGGAUACAGUAGCUCUGGAAAGAACAUUUCCCCCUGAGGGUGGCCCCCCUGAGGGAGCACCAGGAGAGCAGGUGGAUGUUCCCAAGACAUCGCCUAGUCAUAGCCAGCCCGAAGGCGCAGCUUCGGUGUUGAGUGACAGUCUAAGGGAUCUAGCCAUGGACUGGGCAGUGAGCCUCCCAAUUGCGUCAAAAGGGAUUGACGCCGGCCAAGAACUGCCUUUCCAAGAAGGUCCAACUCCUCCUCAGAAAAAGAAGUACAAACGAGUCACCUGCAAAGACUGCGGUGCUGUUAUGAGCAAGACCUCAUACUACCGGCACUGCAGGAAAGGGAACCACCUUAACACACCAUCCAGUGCUGUUGAGGGGCCCCCUACCAAGCAGCAAAAGCUGUCAGAAGAGGAAGACACUGUUCUGGCAGGAAGCAGCUCAGUGGCUGUAGCAGCAACGGCAGCUGCAGUAGCAGUGACGGCAGCUGCAGUAGCAGCAACAGCAGCAACCGUUAAGCCUGCUGAGUUUUCCCCGUGGGGAACAGCUGAAAUAAAAGCAGACACAUCAGGCACAACCCACACCAUGGUAGACAAGGCGGAAGCUAAUGUUGCUGGAGAUUCUGGUCCAUCAUCAGCAGUCCCCUCCGGAAAGGCUGAUGUUGCUGUGGCAAUGGCGGCGAGCACAGUAGCGGCUGUCUCUGAGCCCAUGAUCACUGAGACGGCAGCAGAUGCCAACAUGGCACUGAGCAUCCUUCCCAUGCCCACUAGUCCUGCAGGUGCUGUGGGGAGUGCUCCCCCUACUUACGGGGCAGCAGCAAAUGAAGGACAACUCAUAGUCAUCGAAGAUAAACAAGAUGGAAAGUGUGAAGCCCAGGAGGAACAGCGCUAUGGGGCCAGCGCGGCGACACCUACGGUUCCGCCCGCUCCCAAAAAGCUCUCGAAGAGAGUCACUUGCAAAGUGUGUGGCGCUACUUUUGCAAAAACGUCAUAUUACAGACAUUGUGGGAAGGGUUUGCACAAGAACCCAGAGUUGGUUACGGGAUUGCCGGUGGCUGGAGAAACUGGCAAACAACCUGGAGAUACCAAAAGUGUGAAUGCGGAAGAGCGAUCGCCAGACAAAGAGACGGCAGCGCUUCAGCUAGGGCAAGCAGAAAGGCCUGCAGAGCAAGGAGAAGCAAGUUUGCAACCGCAAGCAGAAAGGUCUGGAGAACCAGGGGGAGGAGCCGUUUCGCAAGCAGAAAGGUCUGCAGAACCACAAGGGGUAGUUUUGAGAGGAGAAGGUUCUGCAGAGGCGGGAGCAAUUUCAGAAGCAGAAAGGACUGCGGAGCCAGGAGCAGCUUUGCAAGAAGAAAAGUCUGCGGAUCCAGGAGCAAUUUCACGUGAAGAAACCGUGGCAGGGCGGGAGGAUUACAGGACUCAGGGACGAGCAACACCGCAGGCAGCUAUUGUGCCCGUUGUUGAUUCAGGGACGGCGGGGGGUGUACAGGAGCUGGCUAUGGGUUCCGAACCCUCAAAGGCAACCAAUAAGGUUAAUGUCAACAACAAUGCGGCCAACAAGGGUUCCGCAAGGAAGAUUGCUUGUAAGGAUUGUGGGGCAGUUCUGAGCAAGACCACGUACUAUCGCCGCUGUGGAAAGGGGCUUCAUCACCAGUUCGGGAAAAACCAGAUAGGAACAUUGGAUGUGAACCAGGAUCAGCACGUUGUGACCGAUCGGCUGAUGACAUCUGACGCUCAAACAGUGGCACUGCGGAGUGCUGAUGCCAACGAUGCAGGUCAGGAGGCUGCUGCCAGCGUCGUUCCCUUGGGUGCAGAGCAUCCUUCAGGCCCACCACCCUCGCUUGCAAUCGUCCCAGUAGAGCAGCACGCUGUGAAUCAGGUGCAUGAUCUCAAUCGUAAAGACACAGCUGAUCAGAAACCUGAGUCUGUGAAACGACACAAGAGGAUAACGUGUAAGGAGUGCGGUGUCGUUCUCAGUAAGACAUCCUUUUACCGAUACUGCCGAAGAGGCAAUCACUAUGGGAUGAAGAAGAAACCUUCGGAAGGCCCAGAUAGCAAACAGCCCCAGGCAUGCAUAUCUUUAACGGAGAUGAUGCAUGAGGUUGGUGGUCCCAUACCUCAGGUUGAAAACCAGCCAGUGAUGGAGAUGACUGAUGAUGUGGCGAGAGCAACAAGAAGCUAUUUCUUGCCAUUUGAAGGGCUAGGCAGUAUGAAUGACGUGUCUGCAGGUGACCAGCAACGUGCAGCCGAUGGUGAUAUUUGCGCAGUGGGACUGAGUCUGGGGGCUUUUGCAGGUACAGGGUCAGAGGACAGGAGCGCUGCGGCCUCUGGACAAGAAGCCCAUUCCUCUUUCAGGCAAUGCUUCCAACAAUGUCUGAGUCAAAAGGACACAACUACUUUCACGAACGACGACCAUGUGGGCCCAGAAACGCGCAACUUUUCAACACUUGCAGGGGAGAGAGCGUUGAUACUCCCUCAACAAUCUGCUGAUCGUAUGUCCGAGCAUGGCACACAUCCAACCUUCGGCCAACAAAUCGAGCUGGCCUUCGGGAUGCAAUUGCAGCAAAUGGAGCCAUUGAUGCUUCGACAAGGAGCAGCAGAGCCACGUUCACCCAGCGCGCUGCCCGGAGGAUCGAAUCCAGCAUACAGUCAAUUGGCAACAGCAGCAGCUGGGUCAGCCAUACAGGCAUCAGCUCCAUGCAACUCAGGCAGUAUGCAAGCGGCAGCGAUGCACACAACAGGCACACCAACAGAUCCAGUUAACGUGCAGGUAGGAGGAGAAGCCGGUUCGGUGAGCAUGAGGGCAGCCACAGCAGUAGACGGGACCAGGGUGUCAGCAGCAGAUCUAGUGAGAAUGCAGACAGGACCAGAUUUGACCAAUAUGCAAGCAGCAAGGGCAGCAACAGAUAGAGGCAACCAGCAGGCACCGGCAGCAGAGGCAAGUGCACCAGGUGUGCACACGGGAGCGACGGCGUCACUGAGACCCAAUGUGGGUGAAACUGCAAGCCGACAGAUUGUGGCAGCAGCAGAAACAGGCAGCAAACAUGCACCAACAGAACCCACCAGGGCAGCUAGGAUAUGUUUGGCAGGAGCAGCAGAAUCCAGCACACAUAGAAUAGGCGAAGCUCACCUGCGGCGAUCCAUGGUCCCACCGGGUGUGUCCUGUGUAGUGAAAAGAGAAGCAUUAGCAGCCGAUGAUGAAAUAAGCAUACAUGUUGCAGCUAGAGGAGGAUCACUGACAGAAAUCGGGCGCGGGAUGUCUGCGUGCUCCACCCAUGAUCAGCACAUUAUGCAAUCGAAGUCAAAUACCUAUGUGAAUCCAGGUCGAGAUUCCCAGCAGCAAUCUCUCCCACGUCUGCAGUCUCAGUGUGAGCCACAGCCAAACCUUCUAUCCACCCAUGAUCGUCCGACAGCUCAGGCGCGUGGACCUGGUGCAGCCACAGCAGACGACAGCCACCGUCGAUCUUAUCCCCCUGAGCGGAUCAUCAGUGGAGUUGUGCCAAUGGGCGCCCUGUCUGCAGGGAUGCUGGAGUGAGGACAAGUGCAGUAAUUAGUACUCAGGUGAUGGUUCUUGUUCGCAGUUUGUCUCCCAUUAGUUUCUGCCUGUUGGCUUCUGCUGUAAUGCUUUGCAUGGUUGCAGGUUUGUGUGACAUACAUAACACUUAGUGUUUGUCAGAGGAAUGUAUAGGGUGGGACCCAUGGACAACAAAACAACCAUAGAGAGUGUCAUUUCAGUCCCCCGACGGUUGUCGAUAAUGGGCUGCACUCUCUGUGACCUGAGUGGAUGGAGCUGGAACGCAUCGACCAUUCGUUGCUUCCGCAAGCAGACUGACGACUUGUUGCGUCUCUGAGCACGCAGAUGACCAUACUAUGUUAUGGGAGGUGUCUGCUGCGUCAUAUUGCAAGGACAUUAUGCCAACGCCUGAAGCGGUGAUGGUGUGGGUCCUCUUCAAGAUCUUCUCCGUGGCCAUGGCACUGCAAACUGUUAGCUCCCACGGGUGCAUUACACGCUGGCAUUACAUGCUGGCAAGGGGUUCGAUCUUGCAAGAUGAGAGGGGGGCAAGAGCUUUCCCUCGCAACCAGCCGAAUGACAUGCUUUGGUCCAAGUGUUUAGUAUAUUCACCCACUUGGGGUGGCAUAGUGGGAGGGAAAGAGGUUUGGAGCGGCGCAGGGAGAUCAGGAAGGCAGAGAGUUAAUGAGACAUUUUCUGUAAUUGGACCGGGAGCUCGAGUAAGUUCCAAGUGUCCCGUGAAUGUGGCUAGGUCGUAAAGCCAUAGAUGUCACUUAGGAAUCAGGCUCGUCGGGAUAGAUGGUCUGUUCUUGUUCUCCGUUGGGUGGUGGUGUUGUCCUGUGUGAUUCCAUGCAACUGGUGGGAGAGUCUUCCGGACCAGUGAUGGGUUCCUUGGAACCGGUGGUGUUCCUUGCCGAUCGCGUUUCACGGAACAGAUGGUGGUCCUAGGAAGGUGAUGGUGUUCCAUUCUUGGAACAUGGAUGGUGUCCCUUGGAACAAAAGGUGUUCCCCAUUGGAACAGAUGGUGUUCCUUGGGUCAUGGAUGUUCCCUGGAACAGGUGUUCCUUGGAACUGUUGGUGUUCCUGGAAUAGGUGCUGUUCGUUGGUCCUAAUUGUAUCCAUGGGAGAUAUGACAAUCCCUGGAACUGCUAGUGGUGUCCCUUGGAACGAAUGGUGUUCCUUGGAUGUUCCCGGGAACAGGUGUUCCUUGGAACUGUUGGUGUUCCUGGAAUAGGUGCUGUUCUGUCGUGCUGGUGGUAUCCAUGGGAGAUAUGACAAUCCCUGGAUCUGCUAGUGUUCUCUGGCUUCCGUUCAUGGUGCGUCCAUGAUGGCCUCCUCACACAGCAGUAGAGAACUCCUUAAGUUGGUACCGUAGCAGAUAGGUAGGUUUUUGAGGAAAGUGAGUGAAUUAUGUGAGAUAUCGGUGGCGUCAGUGGAGUCAUUGAGAGGAGCACUCAGCAGACAGUUGCAUACUCACAUGCACUUGGAUUCCUCCAGUUUGCUCCCCUCAAUGCCCUGGUGGCAUGUGGACCAUAUCUUCUGCCCAACGUUCUUUGCCAGCACCAGUGAAUUGGUCCUGGUCCGCCUUUCCAAGCCCCAUCAGGCAAUCUCUGUUUGCCAGGUUUCAUUUCCAGUUUUUAAGUUCAUUUAACAUUAUGUAUGGCUUUUGAACUCUCUGCAUAUUUCCCUCAUGAGUUUAGACGGGUUUGCGGAGAAUAUGGAUGGAUGGAUGGAUGGAUCGAUAGAUGGAUAGAUGGAUGUAUCAGCUGGCAGAUGAAUGCAUGGAUGAAUGGAUGGACGGGCGGGCAAAUAGUCAGUACCCCCGCGUGGCCAUGAUUAAUACGUAGGAUGUUCGGCGAAUCGGCAAAGAUGGAUGGAUGGAUGGAUGGAUGGAUGGAUGGAUGGAUCAGCUGGCAGAUGAAUGCAUGGAUGAAUGGAUGGACUGGCAGACAAAUUGUCAGUAGCCCCUCGUGGGCAUGAUUGAUACAUAGGAUGUUCAGCGAAGAUGGA